CGUCGGGCAGCGGAAUCCGCUCUCCGGAGAUGCUGCGCCCCGCGCCCCGCGGCUGAGCCCCAUGGGCUGCACCGGCAGCGCCCUGCGCUGCUGCCCCACCGGCGGCCAGAGACAGCUAAAAGCCCAGCAGCAGAGGGGACCAGCUUCCCAGGAGCUCACGGCCUUGACGACAGAGCACGCCAAUGCCACCCUCUUGCCUGAGGAUGGGAAGGAGAAGGCAGCACUGCCAGAGGAGCGGACAGAGAGUACAAGGCUCCUCCAAGGUCAGGAGGAGGAUGAGGAGGAGCGGCUGCAAGAUGCCAGAUGGGAAGGCACCAAGGGAAUCACCCAGGAUGGUGACAUCCAGGUGGAAAAGGGAAAAGACCGGGAGCUGAAGGACCAGUUUGAUGCCCUGAGGAGAGAGCACACGGAGACCCUGCAAGAGCUCCAGAGAGCACAUGAGCAGGAGAAGCUGCUGCUGGCAGAAUCCUACCACAGGUCCCAGGCAGCCUUACAGGAGACGAUCCAGGCACUGAAUUCCCAGCUGAAGUCCUUCCAGGACAGGAUGAAGCGGGUGGAGGAGUCACUUAUGAGCACAGACUACAAGAAGCACAUUGAGGAACACGGGAGCCCCAGCCCCUUCUGGGAGCAGGAGCUGGAGAGCCUGCACUUUGUCAUUGAGAUGAAGAAUGAGCACAUCCAUGGGCUGGACAAGAAGCUGCUGAACCUGGAGACUGUGGCAGAGAAGAACCUUCUGCUGGAGGAGAAGGUGAAGACCCUGCAGCAGGAGAAUGAGGACCUGCAAGUUCGCACCCAGAAUCACUUGGUCAUGGCGAGGCAGCUCUCAGAGGAGCUCCUGGCUGCUCGUGGAGCCCUGGAGAAGGAGGCCCAGCUACGGGAGCAGGCGCACCGCGAGAAGGAGGAGCUGCUGUACCGCGUGCUCAAUGGAGGGGACGGCUCCCCAUUCCCCAUCGCUGCCGGCGACGUGCCCCUCAUCGCCACGUAGUGCAGUGCCGGGGGUGUCAGCGCUUCCCUCUGGGUACCAGAGCCCAGGCCUGCUCUCACAAGUGCCCCAUUGCCGGGGCAGGCCCCUGGGCUGGCCCCAUCCAACCAAGGGCAAUGGAGCAUUGCACAGGACACUUGCGCCUGCCUUUCCCCAGCCCAUGGGGGGCACCAUGGCAACCCCACUGCGCCAUCCCUGCACCCCCUGCCUCUGGUGGGAUGCUUUCUAGGGAUAAAAGGGGUCAGCCAGGACACACAGAUUGGGCUGGAUCAAACCCAGUGCUUGGCUAUGAGCAGGACCAGCAUCAGUGCUGCUUGGGGGCAUGAGGAGGAAGAUGAGGUAGUCACUGGGAUGGGGAUGAGCACAGGGAAGCUGAGGAGAGCAAUGGGAUAUGGAGAUGGUAAGGUACCUCACUCCUGGGGAAGGA